AUGCUUCUCUGUUUCUUCGUCUUUUCCCCGCUCUUUCUUUCCUAUAUUUUCUCUCUUUCUUUGUUUUUCUCCUCUCUUUCUUUCCUAUGUUUCUCUCUUUCUUUGUUUUCCCUCUCUUUCUUUCCUAUGUUUCUCUCUUUCUUUGUUUUUCUCCCUCUCUUUCUUUCCUAUGUUUCUCUCUUUCUUUGUUUUUCCCCUCUCUUUCUUUUCUAUAUUUCUCUCUUUCUUUGUUUUUCCCCUCUCUUUCUUUUCCAUAUUUCUCUCUUUCUUCAUCUUUCUCCCGCUUUUUCUUUCCUAUGUUUCUCUCUUUCUUUGUUUUUCCCCUCUCUUUCUUUCCUAUGUUUCUAUCUUUCUUUGUUUUUCCCCUCUCUUUCUUUUCUAUAUUUCUCUCUUUCUUCAUCUUUCUCCCGCUUUUUCUUUCCUAUGUUUCUCUCUUUCUUUGGUUUUCUCCUCUCUUUCUUUCCUAUGUUUCUCUCUUUCUUUGUUUUCCCUCUCUUUUCUUUCCUAUAUUUCUAUCUUUCUUUUUCCCUCUCUUUCUUUUCUAUAUUUCUCUCUUUCUUCAUCUUUCUCCCUUUUUCUUUCCUAUGUUUCUCUCUUUCUUUGUUUUCUCCUCUUUCUUUCCUUGUUUCUCUCUUUCUUUGUUUUUCCCUCUCUUUCUUUUCUAUAUUUCUCUCUUUCGUUUUUGUUUUUCCCUCUCUUUUCUUUUUCUUCUCUCUUUCUUCAUCUUUCUCCCGCUUUUUCUUUCCUAUGUUUCUCUCUUUCUUUGUUUUUCUCCCUCUCUUUCUUUCCUAUGUUUCUCUCUUUCUUUGUUUUUCCCCUCUCUUUCUUUCCUAUGUUUCUCUCUUUCUUUGUUUUUCUCCCUCUCUUUCUUUCCCUAUGUUUCUAUCUUUCUUUGUUUUUCCCUCUCUUUCUUUCUAUAUUUCUCUCUUUCUUCAUCUUUUCCCGCUUUUUUCUUUCCUAUGUUUCUCUCUUUCUUUUGUUUUUCUCCUCUCUUUCUUUUUCCUAUCUUUUCUCUCUUUUCUUUGUUUUUCCCAACUCUUUCUUUCCUAUAUUUCUAUCUUUCUUUUUUUCCCCUCUCUUUCUUUUUUCUAUAUUUCUCUCUUUCUUUGUUUUCUCCCUCUCUUUCUUUUCCUAUAUUUCUCUCUUUCUUCAUCUUUUUCCCUCUCUUUCUUUCCUAUGUUUCUCUCUUUCUUUGUUUUUCUCCCUCUCUUUCUUUCCUAUGUUUCUCUCUUUCUUUGUUUUUCUCCCGCUCUUUCUUCCAUAAGUUUCUCUUUUUCUUUGUUUUUCCCUCUCUUUCUUUCCUAUGUUUCUCUUUUUCUUUGUUUUUCUCCCUCUCUUUCUUUCCUAUGUUUCUCUCUUUCUUUUUUUUUUCUCCUCUCUUUUUUUUUCCUAUAUUUCUCUCCGGAUUUGUUUUCUCCCUCUCUUUCUCACACAUGCUUAUCUUUCUCUUCGUUUUUCUCACUCUGUUUCUUUCGUAUGUUUCUCUCUCUGUGUCUUCCUCUCUUUCCCGGUUUCCUCCCCAAUUGCUCUCAUUGCCCUAAACUAUCUCUUACUUUUUAUCUAUUCAUUUUAUAUUUUUUACGUUGA